AUGAUCAAUUUCGAAAUAAAGGGUCAGCCGGUGGGGCUUAUGACAAUCUCCAUUGCGUUAUUAUCAUCUGUCGGAGGAGGUAUCUUUGGAUAUGAUACCGGUAUGAUCUCAGACAUGCUUCUCAUGAGGGAUUUCCUAGAGCGUUUUUCAGACAUCCGUGAAGGAUGUGACUCCAACGGUAUGAACUGUAGCAACUAUGAAUUAUCCAGAGUCAGAGAAGGCCUUAUCGUCGGUCUUCUCUCCAUCGGUACCCUUGCCGGUGCUAUCUUUGGUGCUCCUAUUGCAGAUUACCUCGGCAGAAGAUGGGCUAUGACAAUUGAGUGUAUCGUCGUCAGCAUUGGAUUCCUCAUACAGAUAACCACCUUCACUGUCUGGCAGCAACUCGCGGUUGGUAGACUGAUAGCUGGUCUGGGUGUUGGUGCUUUAUCAGCAGCGGUACCAAUGUACAUGUCCGAGUGCGUCGUAGCGUCUUUCAGAGGUGCGGCUGUCGCUUGCUACCAGCUCGCAAUCACCUUAGGUGUCUUGCUUUCAUACUGUUUCUGUAUUGGUACCCGUCAAUUAGAUAGCGACGCUAGUUGGAGAAUCAUCAUCGGUCUCGGUUUUGCGUUUACAUUCACCCUUGGAAUUGGCAUUUGGUUCCUUCCAGAAUCACCACGUUGGCUCAUGAAAAACGACAGAACCGACGACGCAAGAAAUGCGCUCGAAAGAAUUAGAGGUAUCAAGACAGACUAUGAUAGAGCUGUUGUUGAGCAUGACUACCGCGAAAUUGAAACAAAUAUCAACAUGGAGAGGGAGAAUGACGCUCCAUUCUGGCAGUCGUGGAUUGAAUGUUUCGUCGGCUCUCCUGGCUCGAAGAAAUUGGCCUACAGAACCUUCCUUGGAAUGAUGAUGCAAAGUCUGCAACAGCUGACUGGUGCCAACUACUUCUUCUACUACGGUGCCACUAUCUUCCAGUCUGUCGGUAUCGAUGACUCUUACAUUACCCAAAUAAUUCUCGGGGUCGUGAACUUCGUUUGCGUUUUUGCUAGUCUUUACAUCUUGGAGCACUUUGGUCGUCGUAAACCACUUUACAUCGGUGGUUUAUGGCAAAGUGUGAUAGGGGUUGCACGUCCUCCAGCGGAGUACGAUGGAAUGGGAGAUCUCAUGAUUGUCUCAGCUUGUCUGUUUAUUGCCAGCUAUGCCGCAACGUGGGGACCAGGGUGUUGGAUUAUCACUGGUGAGACGUUCCCAACGAGAACAAGAGCAAGACAGGCAUCGCUGGCGACGGCUUCGAACUGGACGUGGAACUUCCUUAUCUCCUUCUUUUCGCCAUUCAUCACUGGUGACAUUGGCUUCGCUUACGGUUACAUCUUCGCUGGCUGCAAUCUCUUCGCGUCAGUCUUUGUCUUCUUCUUCCUCUACGAAACUGCUGAUUUGUCUUUGGAGGCCGUCAAUGAGAUGUAUUCAACGAAAGGUUUGACAGCUUGGGGCUCAGAAAAAUGGAUUCCACCAGGAAUGUCUCGAAGGGGAGAUGCUUUGGAGUCUUCGAACGCUGAAAAGUACACGUUCGAUCACUCUGACGGUGACAGAUUCUCUCAAUCAUCAGGAAAUAACGACGAUGCAGGAAACAAAGCUUAA